CAAUCUUCAAUCUCCAAUCUCUAAUCCGUCCGUAUCACACGUACCCGGUAAAACCGCGGAUUUUCCAGCCCCCAUCUUUCCUUUCCACCACGAUAACCUGCAGAGUCUAUAAGUCUCUGAUUACUUCAUCGAGUCGAGAGUCGGUGCAAUCAAUAAUCUAUGUGGGGCCCUGCGAUAGCUACAAGAUCGUUUAAGUAACCGGAUUCGUCCCAUUUCCAGACGAUCUCUCCCUUUCCACGAGGAGCAGUGGGUACGAAGAAAGAAUUUUCGGUGACGUCCGUCGAGCUAGAUGGGAGAUUGAAUGAGUAGGGUGGGUAGGUCAUUUAAUCUUCUCAUAUAUAUAUCUCGUGACGAGUAUUCUCGAGUCGAGAUUUUUGGUCUUCGUUUCAUUUCCUUCGAUCUUGCCAUUACCUUUCUAUUACGCGGAGGACAGGACAAGUCAAGAUAGUCAAGAUGAUUAGUUCAAGAAUCGUGUCGGGGCUUCUGGGCCUGGGAAGUUUGGUGUACGGUUCUAGUGCUAUGGGAUAUGGACCUAGUUAUGCUGCCAAUAAUGCUACCAAAUAUGUUAUCAUGGACAAUGAUUGGAGUUCAACUGGCUUUAUUCCAUUCCUCAUCGCUCUCGAUGCCGGAUGGGAAAUCUUAGGUUUAACAUCUUGUACCGCAGAUACAUGGCAACACCAAGUCGCACUACAUGCACUAGCAACCCUCUCUCUCGGUAACCUGACGAGCUGUAUCCCUGUAGUUCCGGGCUCUACAUUCCCGCUUCUCAAUACCGCCACGAGAUUCCAAGCUUGGGAAGCGGUUCAUGGGAAGCUUCCUUGGGAGGGUGUGUAUGCUCCGUAUAACGCGACGGCGGAAGCAGAAGGAAGCGACCCCACAUCAGGAGAUAACCCUUUCAGAGUCGUAGAGGGCGCUUUUGUAGAGGGAAUGCCAAGUAACUAUUCUAUCAACGGAUUGAAGAAGAGUCAGAGUGCUAGUGCAUUUAUGAUUGAAAUGGUGCAUAGAUAUCCAGGACAAGUUUCGAUUUACGCCGGCGGCUCCAUGACCAACAUCGCUCUUGCCGUCCGCUCCGACGACAACUUCGCCUCCCUCGCCAAAGAACUCGUCAUAAUGGGCGGCUACAUCGACGACAACCUCCUCCAGGUAACCGGCAGCGUGCUACAAGCCGACCUCAGCUCUGACAUCAAUCUGAUGGUCGAUCCCGAAGCCGCCAAAAUCGCCUUCACGGCCAACUUCCCCAAAAUCACUUUUGCGGGAAAUGUCGCGAAUCAGGUGAUGAGUACCCAGGAUUUCUUGGACGAGAUCAAGGAGGUUAGUAAUCCGUACUCGGAAUUGGUGUGGGGACAUUAUGGGACGGAAUUUCCGUUUUGGGAUGAGACGGCUGCGGCGAUUAUGGUGGAUGGAUCGAUUGUGGAGAAUUCCACGAGCUUCUACAUCGACGUCGACACCUCCUACGGCUCCCCCUCCUACGGCAACAUCCACGCCUACCAAGAAGCGUUGAUGCCGCCUGGCCUACGUAAAGUCGACUACGUUAAUCGCAUUAAUGGCGAUACGUUGAAGAGCAUGAUUAAGAGAGCUGUGCAGUUUCCCAGGAAUUGUUCUACUAUGGGGAGAUAGGUGGAUGGAUGGACGAAUAGAUAGAUGGAUAUGACGGAGGUGAUGAGUUUGAAAAUUACUUUUAGAAUUAUUUUAUUAUAGGUAGUGAUUAAUUGAGAGCCUUGUUAUUUUACGAAAGGCAUACUACUGAAGUGAGGGAGAAUAUCACUAGAUUAAUAUCAAACACAAGCCAUUCA